GGCAAGUGCAGUUUACGACGUCUGUAACUGCUAUUUUUUUGUUUUAAUCAAUUUAUUAUUUCUCAUUCCGUCAUUCUAAUUAUACAUUGAAUAAAUACUUCCCUACACAAAUAUAAUAAAAAACCUAAUAAUGUCGGAAAAACAUUUGCAAACAGGAGAUGACCUUCCAUCGUACAAUGAAAAAUUGCGGUUAUUUGCAAUGAGAUUUUGCCCAUAUGCUGAAAGAAGUGUUCUUGUACUAAAUGCAAAAAAAAUUCAAUAUGACUUAGUUUUUAUUAAUUUGGAUCACAAGCCAGAAUGGGUUUUUAAUUUCAGCCCCAAAGGAACUGUUCCUGCCUUGGAAUAUGAGCAAGGAAAAGCAAUAUUUGAUAGCAACAUUAUUAAUGUAUACCUUGAUGAAAAAUAUCCUGAGGUGUCCCUUCAGUCAUCAGAUCCACUAAGACGGGCUCAGGAUAAAAUGCUUGUGGAGCAGUUUGCUGGUGCUCAAUCAGCAUAUUACACUGCUGCAUUCAAUGCUCAAGCUCUUCAACCCAACAUGGCUGAAAAUUAUCACAAAGGUUUGGAGCUAUUGCAAAAAGAAAUUGAAGCCCGUGGCACUAAAUUUUUACAUGGAGAUGAACCAGGCCUAGUUGAUUAUACUAUCUGGCCAUUCUUGGAACGUUUUGAAGCUCUACCUUUACUGGGCAAGGCUGAGUUUGCUAUUGACAAGUCUAAAUAUGAAGUUUUGACCAAUUACAUGGAUUCCAUGAAGAAUGUGCCAGCUGUCAAGUCUUAUGCCUUAGCUGCAGAGACUCACGCUAAAUUUACCGAAUCCCGAAUUAAGGGUGACGCUAACUAUAACAUGUUGGACUCCAGUGCAGUAUGCUGCAUGCGCCCAAGGAAGAAGAAGGAAUAAACCAUGAAACUUGUAACAAAUAUUAUGUGUUUAUAAAGUACUUACUCUUGUUAAAAAUAAUGGUGGAUUUAAAAAGGGAAUAAAGAACAAUAUAAAUAA